AUGGGGGAUUGGUCCAUCCUUGGUAGGUUCCUGACAGAAGUUCAAAACCAUUCAACUGUCAUCAGCAAGAUUUGGCUGACGAUGCUGCUCAUCUUCCGCAUCAUGCUCGUGGCCCUUGUGGGAGAUGCCGUCUACAGCGAUGAACAGUCCAAGUUUACCUGUAACACCCUUCAGCCUGGCUGCAAUAAUGUGUGCUAUGACACGUUUGCCCCAGUCUCCCACUUGCGCUUUUGGGUUUUUCAGGUUGUCCUUGUCUCCACACCAUCAAUUUUCUACGUAGUAUAUGUCUUGCAAAAAGUUACUAAAAAUGAAAGUCAGGAGAUCAGGAAGGUAAAUUUGGUGCGCAAGGCCUCACCUUUGCUUGAAACAAAAAGACCUUUUAGAAUAGACAAAGACAUGGUGGUGGAUGCUGGUAAUCUUUAUGAUAAUAUAUCUGCAGACAAGGACUGGAACUCGCAGGAUGAUGAGUAUGAGGACAGGAUCCAGCAGGAUGGGGAAAUGAACGAGGUAGGGGAGGAUCCAAUUCAGCUCUCAAGUAAAGUUCUACUUAUUUACAUCAUACAUGUUUUGCUGCGUUCCAUCAUGGAGAUAGUCUUCCUCAUUGGGCAGUAUUACCUUUUCGGAUUUAAAGUCCCACAUCUUUUUCACUGUGAGACCUACCCAUGUCCAAACCGAACCGACUGCUUUGUGUCUAGAUCGACCGAAAAGACCAUCUUUCUCAACUUCAUGUUCAGUGUCAGCCUGGGGUGCUUCAUCCUGAACAUUGUGGAGCUGCAUUAUUUGGGUUGGAUUUACAUCUUCAGAGUGCUGUUCUCUGCAUGCUGCAUGUGCUGUGAGUCAGACAAGGAACCCGUGCAGCAGGUGACUUUGGAUUCUUACAGCAACCCGCUGUUGCUUGAGCUCAAGCACUCUUUGCGUGGAAGAGUCAUCCUGCAGACCACUACGGCUGCAUCCAGGGACCCAAAGCAGGUCCCAUCUAUCUCCUUUGAGACAGACUCUACUUUGGAGUGCACUUCGACAAGAAAUUUAGAUGAAAGGGAACACAGCAAGGCUAGAAUACUCAGUGUGGCCAAAAUAGGACAAGGUAAAAAGUCUUGGCUGUGAAGUUUUUUCAACCUUCUUUGUCAUGUUGUUUUUUUUCACUUUUUGACUUGAUUUUGUUAAGGUACUGUUUGAGGCAUUAGAGGGAAACAAGUUGUAGUGAUUGUUUGUACAGUGCCCACCACAUUUAUUGACCGCAUUUUGUGUGAUCUCACACAGAAGAAAAUGGAGCAAUCCAAUAUUUAAUUUGAGUCGAAAUAGCUGUUUUUAAGGGUUGUUCAGAGUUUCUAGGAAUUUACUAGGAGUUUGUUGAACUCUACUGGAACUUGAAGUGGAAUGAUGUGGAACCCUUUGAAAUUUCCUUUGAAAUAUCAGGAUAUUUUAAAUAAGAUAUGGGACACUCUACAAGUAAACUGAAAAUGAAUCAUCAUUGGGUCUUUUGAUAGAAUAAUAAUUCCAACCAUGUGGGCAACUGAACACAGAAAUAAUUUACCAGACACAAAAAGCUUUAGUUUAUGGUCAAGGGUAUCCAGGACUCUGUACCAUCUAGAGAUAUUGUACCAAGUGUAGUUGUCAAAGAUCCUCCUCUCUGUAUGGCCCAACCCUGUAAAAUAUUACAGGAGAACUCAAAGUGCUGGCCAGCUGGAAAAAGCAGAUUGAACAAAAUAUUGUUUCAGCUGUAAUUUUAUUAAACAUGAAUAUUUCUUACUUAA